AUUUGGUUACAGGGCUUCUGGAAGUUUUCAGUCUCUGUCAAUAUGGUUGGGGAAGCCUGCAGUCAGCUGAGACUUAAGAAGUCACUUGGAUGAGUGAUGAAACAUUUCUCCCACUGAAAACGUUACGUCCAGAUGAACAGAAUCAACUUUUUCAGAUUUCUUUCUUGAUCUUGAAACCAUGGGUGUCGAUUUUAUUGCCACUUUGCUAAGUGUUUAAAUAAGUAUCGAUUGGAUUCACUCCCCCAAACUUCCACAAACUAGCAAAUAUUAUCUUUGUGGUUCACAGCACCUCACAGCCUCUUGGACACUGAGCUCAGGGAGCUGGUCAAUAUAGGAAAACACACAGAUACGUGUCCCUCCCACAGGGCACUGAGAGUUUUGCUCUGCACUGAAGUCAGCCAGUGUUCAGUCAGAGUUUGGUCAUGUCUGGACUGUUGGGUGUUCGCCUGCUGCUGCUGUGGGGCUGCGCCUGCCUCUGGCUGAGCAGCUCAGCCUCGGGAGCUCUGGUCAUCUCCAGGCACGAUGAAGCCAUACAGAAAAGAAGAGGAGCUGCCAGAUCACUGCAGAAAAGAAGUACAAAUGAAGCAAUGGUGGAGGUGCACAGUGUGACAGUGGACUGCACUGUGACCUCUUGUUUUGCCCACACUGUCAUGACCUCCAAGGCAUUCAACAAAGCAAGCUCGUCACAGGAAAUCUUUUUUGAAGUGGAGCUGCCCAAGACUGCUUUCAUCACAAACUUCAGCAUGGAAAUUGAGGGUCAGGUGUAUGUUGGAGAGGUGAAGGACAAAGAGAAAGCUAAGAAACAGUACGAGAAGGCUGUUUCCUUUGGACAGACUGCUGGACUCGUCAAGGCUUCUGGAAGAAAGAUGGAGACGUUUUCAGUCUCUGUCAAUAUUGCAGCUGAAAGCAACGUGACCUUUGUCCUGACAUAUGAGGAGCUCCUUCAGAGGAAACUGGGCCGAUAUGAGCUUUUGACCAGAGUCAAACCCAAAACACUGGUUCAGGACUUUCAGAUUGUAAAUGGAUACUUUGUGCACUUCUUUGCUCCUGAAUUACCCAAACUCCCAAAGAAUGUGGUCUUUGUAAUUGAUAUAAGUGGAUCAAUGAGUGGAAGAAAGAUAGAGCAGACAAAAGAAGCUAUGCUGGCCAUUCUUGAACAAGUCCAUGAAGACGACCACUUUGCCAUCAUCCUGUUUGAUGCUGUUAUUGAAACCUGGAAGGAUUCACUUACCAAAGCAACAAAGGAAAACAUAAUUGAAGCCAUGAAUUACAUCAGAAGAAUACAUAGCAGAGGAGCAACCAAUAUUAAUGAUGCAGUGUUGACCGCUGUAAACAUGCUGGUCAAAGACAGACAGAUGGAGAGGCUACCAGAGAGAAGUGCAGAUAUGAUCAUAUUACUGACUGAUGGAAUGCCAAAUGAGGGAGAGAGCAAUAUUGGCAAGAUCCAGGAGAAUGUGCGUACAGCUAUUGGGGGAAAAAUGUCUCUGUACUGUCUUGGAUUUGGAAAUGAUGUGGAUUAUUCCUUCCUGGAUGUGAUGAGCAGGCAAAACAAAGGCCUGGCUCGCAGAAUCUUUGAAGCUUCAGAUGCUGCUGCUCAGCUCCAGGGUUUCUACGACGAAGUGGCCAGCCCUCUACUUUUAGAGGUGGACAUGCACUAUCCUGACAAUGCAGUGGAUUCUCUGACCACCAGCCACUUUAGCCACUUGUUUAAUGGCACAGAGAUUGUUGUGGCUGGUCAUUUAAUUGACAACAACCUUGACAACUUCCUGGUGGAAGUGGUUGGACAGGGGCUUGAAGAAGACUUCAGAGUCCAGGGUCAAGUCAGUGCCACAUACUGGGAUGUUUUUUACCCAGACGAGGAGUACAUCUUUGGAGAUUUUACCGAGCGGUUGUGGGCCUACCUCACUAUCCAGCAGUUGCUGGACAAGAGCAAGAGCGGUACACCAGAUGAGAAAGCCAACACAACAGCCAAGGCCCUGGAUAUGUCCCUGCAGUACAGCUUUGUCACCCCUCUCACAUCCAUGGUUGUUACCAAGCCCGAAACCGAAGACUCAACAAGCAGCCCUCUUAUUGCUGACAAGCUGACUGAAGAGCAAAGACAGCAGGCUGAAAAAAUGACAUAUAAUUAUAUACCUGCGCAGCCGCAUCCACGGCAUUACCAGCCAGCAUCCACAAAUGAAUAUGAUUAUGAUGAUUCUAUACUCGUGCGGUCGUAUUCAUUGGAUUACUAUCUAGGAUUGAAUGAUUUUGCUACGGGAAAGGCUGUUGCAUUCCCAGACAUGCCUGUGAUGUGGAGAGUCCUGCUACUGUCUGCUUGUGUCUACAUCAGUCUUCUAGCUCAGAGCUAUGGAGCUCUGGUUAUUUCCAGGAGAGAUGCUCCAACACAGGAAACCAAAGAAACCGUGGGCAUCAGGUCGAUGAAGAAAAGAAGUUCAAGCUCUGCAAAUGUAAGAAACAGAGGCGGACAAUUUUCAAAAAUAGACCCUGGUCAACAUGACUUAUAGCUUCUAACUUACAGUAAUGUUACCAGCUUUUUCCAAAAUGAAGUCCAUACUUCCAGUAAAGUUUAUCGCUUCCAGCUGCACUUGUCCCACUUGUCUCGCGAAGCCACACCAAAUUACUAUCAGAGCUGGCCUACUGGUAUUAUACAGCUAAUAUAUAUAUUGUUUAGUAUUAAGCUUUGCUUGUUCCAUAUUCAGUUUUUCAGC